AGGACACAUUAGCGAGAAACAUGUGUGUGCCAGGACUGCCGGUCAGGACUUCGUCGUGGUCGAGACUGAUUGCACCUCGAAACCCAAAAAUAUGGUCGUUUCUUCUCCUUCUUCACAUCCACUUUUUUUUUCCUUCUCCAUCUACACCAACCCGGGCGGUCCUCGUCGUUCCUUGCCUUCGGAGAAUAAUGUAAAAGGCGAACCAGAAAACACAUCUCUGUCGAGAGAUCGCCUUCGAGUGUCUGGGACAUUUCCCUCUUUUCUAACUUCAAUCUUUUAAUCAUCUUUUUAUUCCUCCUCACGGAGACUGGGGUCGCUCGACAGAUUUCCCGCUCGUUGGUUCGCCGCUCUUGACAAACAGUCAUUCUUUACAUCUCCAGUCCGCCAAAAAGUAUGGGGUAAGGGAAGAUGAACAACAAUAUAUACGAUUCAGACGAUGCCAGCGGCAGCAUCUCGCCACUCCCUCCGGUCCUCGUCCACGGCCUCGCGGCCGUGUCGGUCCUGGCCUUCUUCUCCUUCUUCUCCUCACUCUCCUUGUUCGUCUUCCUCACGCGCAAGUUCUACAUAUGGCAAAUAAAGGAGCCGCCGAAGGAGGAGAAGCGGCCGAGUACGCCGGAGCCCGAGUCGCCAACCUCGACGGACGUCAACGGCUUCCUCGUGCCCGAGUCGCACCUGUGCCCGCCGAUGCAGACGACUUGGGAGCCCGUGAGGGAGACCGUCUGGGAGCGGUUCAAGAGGGAUCCGCCGAACCAGUUCCUGGUGCUGAUCUACAACCUCCUGCUCGCCGACAUCCAGCAGUCCCUGGCCUUCAUGCUCAACAUCAGCUGGCUCACGAGGGACGCGUUGGAGGCGGGGACCUCGGUCUGCUGGGCGCAGGGGUGGUUCAUGUCCAUCGGGGACCUGGCCUCGAGCGUCUUCAUCUCCGCCAUCGCCGUGCACACCUACCUCGGUGUCGUCAACGGAUACCGUCUGCCGUCCUGGGCCUUUUACUCGGCAAUCAUCGCGCUCUGGUCAUUCGUGUACGGCACGGCGCUCCUUGGGAUGAUUAUCACGGCGAAUGGACGUGACGAAGGGGGCUUGUACGUGCGAGCCGGUGCCUGGUGCUGGAUCAACUCGGCCUACCAAACCCUCCGUCUGACCCUGCACUACCUCUGGAUCUUCCUCUCCCUGACCCUCACCUCGAUCAUCUACCUGGUCAUCUUCUUCCACCUCCACUUCCACCGCAAGCACAGCCCAACCUGCUGUCUCGCCUCCGGAUCCGACCACAGCCCCCCAGGAGAGCACUACCCGAACCCCGACCCAAACAGGCUGAAACCCACCUCCUCAGUAACAAUAACAACAACCGCCCUCCCAUCCUCCCCCCGCAGCGCCAUGACCGACACAAGCAGCAUCAGCACCAUCAUAGCCAAGCGCCUUCCCCCGAUCCCCCCCUCCUCAGCCCGCCACCCCACCUUCCUCCUCUACCCGCUCAUCUACAUCCUCUGCACCUUCCCGCUAGCCGCCGGCCGCAUCUCCUCCAUGGCCGGCCACAACGUCAGCCUGGCCUACUUCUGCUUCGCGGGGAGCAUGGUCGCCUCGGCGGGGUGGCUCGACGUCGCCCUGUACAGCAUCACCCGCCGCUCCAUCGUCUUCGGCGGCGGCGCCGCCCCGGGCCAGGACACGGGCAUCGAGACCUUCGCCUUCAUGCGCACGCCGCCCGGCCGCCGGUUCGGAAACGUCGUCUACGUCAGCGGCGGGGGGCCGGGGGGCCGGCGCGCGAAGCGCAGGUGGGCCGCGUGGAACGGGGAUGUUGUCAGGGGGGCGCGACUGCGGACGCUGACGGGCGGGUUGGCGAGGGGGGAUGGCGCGGGUGGGGGAACUGGAGGGGGAGGGUUGGGGAGCGGGAAUGCGAGUAGGGAGGCGCUGGGGUCGAUGAAGGGGUUUGGCAUGGGCGCCGGGGAGGUCAUGGGUAUGGCGAUACAGUGCGAAACGGUCACGACGGUGGUCAUUGAGGAGGCGUCUGAUGAGAGUAUCGGGCCUGGGAGCGUGACGAGUACGGUGAGCUCGACGAGGUCGGGGACGAUGUAAUGCGGUGUUGGUGAAAGGGGGUAUAUGUGAAAUGGUAACGAAUGAUACGCACGCACUGAUGGGUAUUUGGCGUUGGGAUAGGGGCUUGGGAUCAGGGUGGGGGAAAAGGAAAAGACCCGUGACUUGGGAAAUGGGUUUCGGUCGAAAGCUAAUCUACGACCUGGGGCAAGGGAAUUGGAUGUCGGGUCACAACGGUUGGUGUAAGAUAUACCCUGCUUUUUUUUGUGUCUUCUUUUGUUGCUUUUUCUCUGUGUGUCUCUCUUCUUUUCUCCUUACCCCAUAUAUUUUUUUCUCCCGUACAGAUGGAGAUAGCCACCCACAAGGGGAAGUCGUGGACCGGCUUAGUUUAGAUGGGUUUAUGACGCUACAUUUUGUACUUCGAGGCAGGACUGCACCAGGAGUAUUACUAG